UUGAUGCUGAGGUCGGAGGCAUUAAUGGUGGUGUGGGCAUGUUGAAUGCGGGUAACCGUUUGGAAUGCGUGAGCGGUAGUAUUGGUGGUGGUCAGAAAUAUAUGCGUACGGGUUUGAUCAGCACAAUGCCGAAGAAACAACAGUUGCAACAGCAACAAAAGCAACAACAACACCUUGGCAUCGGCGGCACGAUGUUGGCAACAGCGAAGCCCAAGUACAGUUUAACGCUGCUGAAUGUGAAAAAUCACCAACACAAUAACAAUAAUAGCAGCAAUAUUAAUAAUAACAACAACAACAACCACAACAGCAGCAUGGGUAGCGCUGUUGGCAACUGUCAGUUGCAUCCGCACCGCAAAUCACCACAUCCGCAUCUACAGCCGCAAUACGCUUACUGCCAACAACAACAGCAGCAGCAACAACAACAACAGUUACUGCAACAUCAGCACUUACCACAAAGCAAACGCGAACAGCAGCGGCAACAAUUGUCACAAUCAUACUAUCACCCGCCACCGCCGCCACGUCAUCAGUUACGUGUUUUGCGGCUAUCGUCGGCACCCACUGGCGCGCCCGAAGUCACAACAUCAACAAAAGUAACAGCAAAUGCUGCAGCACGACGUGGCGAUGGCGGCGUUUCUACUGGUGCAGGUGGUGUUGGUGAUAGAAGUAGCGGUGAAUUCACAUCACGCAACUCUACACACUUAGAGCAGUCGCUGGCGUUGACACCCACCACGCCCAUUGCUGCAACAACAACACCAAAUACAAACGAUUGUAAUAAACAUUUAGUUGGCACAAACACAGUGGCGUGUGAUGAUAAUAGUAGUGAUGAUACAUCGGCAACACCGGUAAGAGAUGCAUCUGCCGCAACACUAACAACAAAAACAGCAACAACAACAAGAGCAACAACGCCAACAGCCGAAACACCGACCGCGGGCGCAAUGUCAAAUGUUUUACAAGGAGGAAAAGAGCAACAACAACAAUUAUUACAAUUACAACAACAAAAAGCAAAUAGGCUGUGGUAUCAUUGAUGAAAAACCAAUAGAUUUGAGCGCUUAUCUCUCUUUCUAAGCAAAGGCAGCAGAUUGAAAGCAAUACGCCAGUGAAUUCUACGAUUAGUACAUAGCACACAUAGACAAUUCUUUUGAAACAUCACAUACCAUAGAUCAAAACAGGCGGCAGUGAAGGCAAAGGAUACACAGAAAAAAUGGCUACAAAAGCAAAAAAACAUGUAAGUUAUAAGCCGAAACGAAUAGAAAACUUGAAGACACCGACAAAAAACAAAAAACUAAACGAACUGCAGCAAGAAAAAAAUACGUGAAACAACAAAGCAACAAAUAAAGAAAAUGCGUGCGAAAAGCGGAAAAGCAAACUCUGUAGAGAACAAACGCCCACUGAACAAAAAAGAAACCAAAACCCAAAACAGCAUACACAAGCAAAUAUAUAGCGUAGCACAAACCGUUAGAAACCCAAAAUCAACAGAAAGAAAAUAA